AUGUCUGGAGGAGAAGGUAAUGGAAAUGCCAUGUUUGCGGUUUUUGUUGAGGAAAAUCGCAUCCAAUACGAUACAAAUUCAUUGCCUCAGCUCCAGUUAUUUAGACAUGUUCCAAUUGAGUUUGGGGACAAUGCUACAAAUUGUAUUGGUAAUGACGAAGCACCAAUCGGAAAUUGCCCUAUUGAAAGAGUUAAGAAAGGGGAACCUGUUUGUAGGCAGCCGAAAGUUCACCUAUCGUUAAACAGCAAUUUUUGUCCGGUUGAAAUGGGCCAUACUGGAACCCUUUUGAAUGCUAAUCUUGUGUCAACUGGCAUUGGAUGUUCUUCCGAGAAAGAAGAACGCAUUUCCUCUGUUAUGUCUGCUAGUGAAAACAUGAAAAAUGUCCUUUUGUGUGCUCCUCUCAGCAAUAGUGUUGAAAUGGAGAUAGAUCGAUCGACAAAAGAAUUCGAUCAGUAUAUUCAACUUCAGGAAGAGGACAUCCGGAAGGGUGUAAAUGAACUAAGUCGAAGGCACACAGGUUCUUUACUCAGUGCCAUAGAGAAACAAAUCAACAGGAAAUUAAACCAGAAGGAGCUUGAAAUGGAAAACAUGAACCGCAAGAACAAGGAGUUAGGGGACAGAAUAAAGCAGGUUGCCGAGGAUGCUCAGAAGUGGCAUUACCAAGCAAAAUACAACGAAUCAAUUGUCAACAUCCUGAAAAGCAAUAUCCAACUACUCCUGGCGCAAGGCACUUCCCGAGCUCGGGAAGGUUCCGGAGAGAGCGAAGUAGACGAUGCAGUUUCUUGCACUAACCAUCGGGAAAUUGUCAGCGGUUCAGGAAAUGAAGUUCCAACUAAGCACCGGCUAAAAUGCCGAGGGUGCAAGGGUAAAGAAGUGUCUGUCUUGUUAUUUCCUUGUAGACAUUUGUGUCUGUGUAUAGAUUGUGAAGGUUUCAAUGACGUUUGUCCAAUUUGUAAGGUAGUGAAGACUGCAAGUGUUCAAGUAUACAUGUCAUGA